ACGGCGAAGCCACUCAAUAUGCUGCUGAGAGAAGAUACGGCAUGGAGUUGGGGGAGAGAGCAGGAGGAGGCGUGGCAGACACUGAAGGAGGCUGUGAAAACGACCCCCAUGCUGAAGCUGCCCGAUCCGAGGAACCGUUUUUGCUGUACACGGACUGGAGCAGUAGCGGCAUGGGGGCGGUGCUGUGCCAGAGGGAGAAGGGGACAGAGAGGGUGGUGGCUUACGCCAGCCGGUCAUGCAGGCCAGCGGAGAGUAACUACAGUUCAUACGAGGGAGAAGGGCUGGCGGCGGUAUGGGCGGUGGAGCUGUUUCGAUCAUAUCUGCAGGGGCGAAGAUUCACCCUAGUAACUGACCAUCAGCCAUUGCUCUGGCUCAUGCGGAACCAAACCCUGAAGGGCAGGAAUGCGCUUUGGGCGAUGCGCUUCCAGGAGUUCGACUUCGAGAUAAAGCAUAGGCCAGGCAAAACCUUGCAGCACGUGGAUGGGCUGUCGCGGCAAGACAAAGGGGAAGGGGAAAAGAGGCAGCCGACGGCCGAGAUCACUGUCGCACGAAUUGACAUAACGAAUGUGUUAUGAAAAUCCGUGGGACAACUCGGGAAGUUUAAGCAAAAAGGGUUGGAGAAAGAGGGGUGUACAUGGUUAUGGCGAUAAAAGGGGGUGUACAGU